CCGAGAAGCCGUGCCUGCCCUGUGCCCCCUCCUCAGCGCGCGCCCACUGCUCACCACAUCACCCCCGACGGCCGUGCUCCGGCAUCUCGCCGCCCGGCGCUCGCUCAUGGAGGUCGCCUCGCUGCAGCACCUCGGCGACAGCUUUUCCUGCGGGUGGCUCAAGCGCGGCGCGCCGGCGCCGUCGUUCGAGAGCCUCGUUGGCGCCGACCUCGGCAAUUCCUUCGGCAGCUCCAGGUCCUUCAUCGACAUGGACCCCGCCGAGCUCUUCUCCAUGCGGUGGACCACGAAGACCACGGCGACGGAGAGCGACUUCGAGUUCGGCUUGCCCGGCGGCGGCGGCGGCGGCGGGAGCAGUGACCCGCCGUCCCCGGUGCUGAUCAGCGCCAGCCAGGUCAUCCGCAACGGCCGCCUCCUCCCCAGCGAGCCCGCGGUCGCUGACCUUCCCAACAGCGCGCCGCGGUCGCCGUCGCCCUCGUCGCCGCUGUACCGCUCGGCCCAGAGCACGCCGGCCUCCAGCGGGCGGAGCGGCGUCGCCGGCAGCAAGAACGCCGCCGCCAGGCCGCCCCCGCUCUUCGCCGCCGGGAGGCGCGGGCGGGCGUCGUCGUCGUCGUGGAAGAUACUGGUGCAGUACCUCCGGUUCCUCAUGCCGCUGCACCGGAAGGUCAGGGCGCUGCGGCGGUUCUCGGCGCCGAGGCCCAGGGUCGCGCCGGCGAGCCCCGCGCGCGCGUCCACGUCCCCGUCGAGCAUGGAGUGGUGCCACGGCAAUGCCGACACGGCCGUCCGCGACGCCAUCCUCUACUGCAAGAAGUCCAGCUUUCAGGGACAAGAUGCAUAGCCCUGCACCGCAGGAUCGGAACACAUGGCAUCCAUGAACUUGAUGUGAAUCCACGAGUGUCUCUCUGCUGCGUUGUGUCAUCUCAGCUCGAGUUCUUUGUUUGUAUCCCCCGACAUGAACAUGAUGUUUUGGCACCUAUACCCAGACAGUAUUACAUUCAGGGAUGUAUUUAACCGUGGUGUGAAUGACUGGAUCGUGUGUACAGCAUAAUCAAUAGACGACGGUCUCUCGACCCCUUUCACGUCUCCA